AUGCUCCCUAUCCGGAUAUUCGGCUUAUCUAAGUUGGCGGGAACAAAAAUUCUCCUACCUUUCAUUUUUCUGUCUUUACUGCCGUCUCCUUUGCAACCAGCCACAGUUGGUUUAAAUCAAAAAACGUUUAUUAAUGACGUCUUUAAAGUGAUUGGCGUAAUCGGAAAUAAAAUCACGCACAAGUGUGUUAGAUCAUACCAUACUUCAAAUUCCUUCAGGAAGUCUUACAUGUUGGUUUCGCAAAUCCACUUUCACAACGUCAUAAAAGUUUUGUUAGGGUUGAAAAUGUUUUUUUUUUUCUGAGGAACCCGAUGACCUCGAAGGCGACGCUGCGUUCGAGAAGAAGCUGGUGGCCACCCGAAAAGCUGUAAUUAUGAAGCUGGACCAAUGCACUCAUUGGAGAGACCAAGUUGAGAAAACAGAAAAAGAACAGAUCGAGAGACUUCUCAUGAUGGGAAAGUUCGAAGAGUGCAGGUAUUUUUUUUCGAAUAGAUUUAAACUUCGUUCUUUUCCAAGAGAUCUGGUGUUGAAAAUCGCUCGAAACCACUUUCCUGACAGCGCCGCCUGCAUCAAAAGUGUCACGGUCCUUAUUAAGAAGUAUCGUCGAGCACUUGAAGAAAAAUUCCGGUGAAAUGAUUUCCGCUUAGAAUUCAAUUUACCCUUGUCAUUCUCAGGAAGUUCACUUUCGAAAAAAGCAAAAUAGAAGAUUUUCUGAGUACAGAACAGCUGCAAAAGCUUCACGAGUUACUGCAAUCGACUAAUAGAAGCGACAUGGUCGAAAUUGCGGUGAGAAUUCCGAGCAUUUAUUUUUAAGUUGUGUUCAGCUUCAACGUUACUUUGGAGACUUGUCGCCCGAGAAAAGAGAGACCCUAGUGAAAGAAUUUUUCGCAUACAAGGUUGAGCUUCGGCGUAAGCCUAGAAGUGUCAAAGGUAAGAAAUUAGAAAAUUAUAAUACAUAGGGACUUUGUAGAUGAGACGACGGAAGGUGUCGAAGGGGCAAAAGAGAAAGCGACGGCUCGAAAUCCGAACCCACUGAAAGAAGAAUGUCUCGGAUGGCAAACACGGGGACAGGUACUAUUCGAUGUAUCUGUUGUUGAAUGGUUUUGACCAGAAAGAAGUUGUCCGAAGGCUGAGAGCUUCUUCUGCCUCGGAGUGGGACAUUCUCAACUUGAUAGCAGAUCAGUUCUAUCACGCCAAAAGAUCUCUGCGCAAAAGAUAUCAGGAGUGCGUACCACAUUUGAAGAAAAAAAGAUUUAUUCUCCGAUAAUACUGUUUCAGGAGUUUCAUCAAUUACUGCAACGAAAAUCUGCGACUUCUGAUAGGAGACGAAAACUUCGAGAAAAUAAAAAAGAUGUACAACGAGAGCGAGAAGGUCGACCGUUUGAGUGCCAAGUUCCAGCAGCUCGUCGGGGAAAUGCAAAACGAGACCGACCGCCUCACUGCCGGUUUUCCUCAAGUAGAGAUAUUUUUUCAUUUUGUUCUCCCAGACCAUUAUGGCGUGGUUUGUCGCAAAUUCUACCGACUUCUUCCCUUCCAAGCCGACGACCUUACAUCUUGGCUGACGGCUCAGCAGAAGCUCAGAAUUGGUCUGAUGAUCAUCGAUCCAGACAUUAAUGACGCUCAAGUUUAUGAUCAAGUGAAACUGCGUUUUCUGCUCUAAGGAUCUAUUAUUUUUUUGUAGCUUUACGAAUGGUUUUCCGCCACAAAAGGAACUCAAAAGGAAGAAGCUGACGAGAUUAUUAUCUCAGGAUGUCGAAACUUUAUCGCUUUGAUGUUUGGCGACGACGUCGCGGAAGUUUGUUUUGAUGAAAAUUAGAGAGUAGAAAACGAGAGAUUCAGACUAGAUUUAUAGAUAAUUUGUUAUUGCCAAAAAAAAAAAACUAUCUCCGCACAUCACAGAACGGUAGAAAGACCAAAGACGAAGAUUAUGAAAAUGAGUUCUGAAUAAGCUCACUCCGUAAAACGACUACAGCAACACGUCUGUUUCAGGAAACAGAAGACAUGCGUCUUGCCGGAAACGUGUCAGCCCAACACAUCGUGGCCAGACUCGCCGAAAAGCUGGCCGACAUUCCACGAACCGCUAAUCGCAAACAGGCCGAGUUUUGUCUUUUCGAUAUUUUUCUCGAAUGAGAAAUGUUUCCAGAGAUUCCUUAUCAAUCUGCAAACGAAUCUACCUAAAUUACAACGGAUCCUGCCACUGCAACGGACACGCGACGGUUUGCGACUCCCAGCUUCAUUCUUGUCUCGACUGCCAAAACAACACCGCUGGCUAUGAGUGCGACAGGUGAAACCAUCGAAACAUGUCUUUUUGAGAUUUCAUUUAUCUUUUUGAACUUUCAGAUGCAAAGACGGAUAUCUGCGACAAACAGACGGCGCGUGCCUCCAGGAAGAAAGUGAGCCGCAAGAAUGCAACUGUCACUCCCAUUCGCAGCGCUGUCGAUCCAACACAUGCGAGGUCGGAAAUCCACAAGGUUCAAGAUGACGUGACUGUAGGCCUGCAACCACAACACGACGGGCGACGACUGCGGCCUCUGUUUGCCUGGAUUUUUCGGCGACGCAACUCGAGGAACUCAGGAAGACUGUGUCCCUUGUCCUUGUCCGUGAGUUUUCCAUUCUUCAUGAAGCACGGACCUUUGAUACCAAUUCAGAAAAGGUAGCGAGUGCACUGUGAGCGAGGAGAAUGUGGUGACGUGCUCAACUUGUCCAGAAAACCACACCGGUCUCAAUUGCGAGGUUUGCGACUUCAGAAAAAGGCUCGAUGCCUAGAGAACUAUGUUUUUUCUUUACGAAGGCUUUUUGAAUCCAAAUGAACUACGUCGCUGAUUGGUUGAAAAAAACCUCUAUUGUUUUCCAGGCCAAUCGUUUUCCAGGCCAAUCAGAGCUGUAGUUUGUUAGAGCGAACUUCUCGCUGACGUAAAUAAAGUGUGUCGGCAUAAACUUUGAACCUAAAAAAAUUAGAAUAGGAAAAAAAAGUUUCAGAUUGAAAGUGAGACGGAGGUCACAACGAAAGAAAAACAAAAGGACGCGAUGUCGACAGAAGAAGUCAAAACAAGCCCUUCUUGAGGCAAAAAAUGCGUGAGAAGGCGUGCCGAGUGUCCGCCGCGUGGGAACCGAGCCAGUGUUUUGCCUCUUGUUGUGAAUUUUCGCUUGUGAUAUUUUCUCUCGAUAAAUUGCUUCUCGUUUCCUUUUUUUGCCAUCGUUUGCGCCUUGACUUGAAAAAAUCCCAAAAGGCGUCUUCAAAACUUCUUAUUCAUACUUUCAAGAAGAGUUUAGUUUUACUGACGAAAUUUAAUUUUCCGUCUAAGUUUUUCAAAGAUUGUCCGAUAGAGAUAAACUUUCUAGGAUUUUGAGAUCACUGACCUUCGAAUAAAAAAAACGUUAAUAUUUUUUUCGGGGCGCAGUGCACCUGUCCUAGAGAGCGUUUUUGUACAGACUUUUUUCUCGACUUUCGAGAAGUUCAGAAGGAUUGCACUCUAUACUAAAACUUGCGAUAAACAAGUGAACUUGUCUUGGUUUUUUAUCUCUUGCAUAUUCCUGUACAUCACAUAAGAUAGUUUUCCCGAUUUUUCACUAUAUUAGUGUGAUUUUUAACAAAAACAUUGAGUCUCAUUGUAAAGAAAAUCUCUUGAAGAACCAAGGAGAUAAUAUUUCCUAGUUACAGAAACAGAACCACAUAUUUGCAGCUAUUUUUCAUAUGUUUUCCCGAAAUCUUGCAGUUAUCAUUUUGCGGUAUUCUUUCAUCUGAUUUCCUCAAUAUCAUCCAUCUUUAUCUUCCGAAUGACGUGUGAACUGCCGGACACUAUUUAUAAGGUGUUCUUUCAUCGCUUGUACGUCCAAUUUCGCCCCACUUUAUUUAUUCAGCCCUAGAAAACUCCCCUGGGAAGAAGAAAAUUUGAAAAAGUGGAGAAUACUUCCAAAGGCCUCGGGAUAGUCCCAGGCUUUUUUUUUCAAUGGGAGCAUGGAGCUGGCCAAAACAAGUCUGUUUUCUUGUCUUUCUUUUUUUUCUCAUUUGGGGGCGUCUCUCGUGUUUGGAGCGUAUCUUGAGAGGUGCAAAAGAAUGCGUUAUGAUCGGCGAGGACCCCUCGGCCUGCAUUUCCGUGAUUGAAUUCCCGAACAUCAGCUCUCGAGUCGUCUUUUCUCGUCCAUCCGCUUGUACUUCGGAACAUUGGACUUUAUAGGACGCUGUCCGACAUGAAUCAACUUGCCGAAAUGACUGUCGACGGAGGCCAAAGCUCCACUGAUGAAAGCAGGUUGACUUUUGAUACAACUUCUGUUCUUCAAAAUAAUCAUCUGAAAAGAAAUAAUACUCAAAUAUGGACAAUUCAUAUCUCAUGCUUUCGAAAAAAUAAACUUUACUGAAAUAAGUCUCCGCGUAUCGCGAAAGAAGUUUGAAUGCAACGCAUCUCGAUGUAGGCAUGAAAAAGUUAUGAAGAAAAAGUUUGACGCGCCGCGGACCACAUGUUUUAGGAUAAAAUGUUGCUUUUUGUUAUCUAGAAGGUUCAGAAAUAUUAGUUGACCAUGUCAUUAGCGAGAAAAUUUCAUAGUACUUGAGGGUUUUGCACUUAAGAUUCAAACAAGGCAUACCGGUUUUCUGGAAAAUAUGAGGCGCUUCGAGAAAAUCAUUUUUUAUUUGAAAAAGUUUAAUUUUAGUUUAAGUACUCGGUUUAUGAUUGAAAAAAAAAACAUAAUCUCAGGAAAUCAACUCAUCCUUAUAUGAUGUUCUUCUUAUAUUUUUAAUACCAAAAAAGCCUUUAAAACCUUCUUUGGUAUUUAAGCUGAAAAAAAAAAUGCAAAAGGCUAAUAAAACGAAAAACUUGAAAAAUGAAAUUUAAAAAACGUUAUGAAAUUAAAAUAUAACUCGAAGAAAGAUUUUGAACAGCGAUAAAAAAGGGAAGUUUGCAGUGAUUUUGUGAUGCUCCUUGUGAUCUGCGGCAUUUGCGGGAUCAUCCUCGGCGUCGCCAUCAAACUGUGUUACAACUAUUCGCGCACCUUCCCGGGACAAAAGGUUGGAUUUCUUUGCCUCGCAGUCCGAUCUGAGGUGUUUUCCAGGAAAGCGAGACCGUCCAGGGGUUCAACCGCCGCGCCAUAUCCGUCAAAGGCUCUCGAGGCAAUCGCUACUCGGUCGCUUGA